CCUCCGCACGGCAAGUGGCAGCCAGCCCAGCCCCUGCCUCUUCCCCCAGCACAGGGCCUGGCAAGGAGGAGAGGGGACCCCACCGCCCCCCCAGGCCAGGGGGGGGGUGAAGAGCCCCAGGAGCUGCCGAAGGAGCAGAGUUACAAUGAAAAUGAAAUUAUCAUCUCUCCAUCAUGGCUCCACAGCAAGCAUCUCUCUGCCUGGUUUCAUCAUUUUCUUCAUUAAUUUACCAAUUCACAACUUGGAGUCAGCCCAGUUCACAAUCAUUGGACCGGAUCAACCUGUCACUGCUAUUGUGGGUGAGGACAUUGUGUUACCCUGUCACUUGUCACCCCCGAUGAGUGCUGAGGACAUGGAGGUGAGAUGGUUCCGGUCUGAUUACUCUUUCCUUGUGUAUCGCUAUUCUGAUGGAAAGGAUCAGACUGAAUAUCAGAUGCCGGAAUAUACAGGAAGGACAGAGUUUCUGAAAGACAAUAUCAGAAAUGGAAGUGUCGCCUUGAGGUUACAUAAUAUCAGACCUGCAGAUGAGGGACAAUACAUAUGCUAUUUUGAGUCAGCUUCCUUUUAUAAAGAUGCCUUAUUGGAACUGAAGGUAGCAGCUCUAGGCACUGGUCCUCUCAUCUCUGUUGAAGGUUAUCAGGAUGGAGGGAUCCGAGUGGUGUGCCGAUCGGCUGGGUGGUACCCAGAGCCUGAGGUUUUCUGGAGAGAUCUCACUGGACAACAUUUACCGUUGCUGUCUGAAACAAAAUUCCAAGGGGAGAAUGGCCUGUUUGAAACAGAAACUUCUAUAAUCAUAACAGAAACCUCAAACCAGAACAUGUCCUGUUCCAUUAGGAGCACACUCCUCAAACAAGAAAAGGAAUCAACAAUUUAUAUAGCCGAACUUUUUUUCCCGAAGAAAUCUCCCUGGAUCACCAUUCUGUGCACGAUACUGGUUAUUCAGGUUUUUUUUAUUGGCCUCUUAAUUUAUCUCAUGAAAACAAAAGAGAAGAGGGCUGCAGAACAUAGGUGGAAAGACUGCCUUUCAGAAGCAGAGAGGGUGACCCUGGAUCCAGACUCAGCAAAUCCCUACCUCAUCUUGUCGAAGGAUCGGAAAAGAGUCAGACUGGGAGGCGCAGACGAGAAGCUGCUCGCCAAUCAUGAGGGAUUUUGUUAUUCUCCCUGUGUACUGGCCUCUGAGGGAUUCACCUCUGGGACACAUUAUUGGGGGGUGGAAGUUGGGAGCAAAGGAGGCUGGGCUGUGGGGGUGGCCAGAGAGUCUGUGAGGAGGAAGGAAGGAGUAGUGAUCCUUAAUCCUGAGGAGGGGAUCUGGGCUGUAGAGCGACAGUGGUGGGGUAAGUUCUGGGCUCUCACUAACCCUAUGACACGCCUGUCCCUACGUAGGAAACCUGAGAAGAUUCGGGUUUCUCUGGACUACGAAGCAGGCCUGGUGGAAUUUUUCGAUGCUGAUAAUGAGAAACCGUUCUAUGCUUUCCGCUCGGCCUCUUUCGCUGAUGAGAAAAUCUUCCCUUUCUUCCGGGUUGGGGGUGCAGGAGCCCAGCUCAGACUGUGUCCGUGAGAAAGGGGUACAUUAUUCCACUUGGACUCACUCAAACGUGUUCUCAUCAACUUAGGAUAUCUUUCAUUCAGUUUAUAAGAUCACUUAUAGCUCCUCUUUAACUUCGUACUAUUUCCCUGUAAAUAAAGAAAUUUUGAAAUAAUGGAUGUAUUUUCUGCUCUUCUCCUGUCUACUUUAUUCAUUAUUUCAGCUGCAAUUUUCAGGGGGGAAAGGGUCCACUUCCCCAUGAGAGUCGCAGAUGCCCUCUUGACAGUCUGACAAGAGCCUGAGGCCUAGUCUACACUACAGAGUUAGGUUGAUGCAAAGUAGCUAGCUAGGGAGCUAAGAUACCUGCCCUGCCACAGCGAUUUAAUAACUCCACUUCCGUGAGAGGUGUAGAGUGAAGGUCGAUGUAGUUAGGUCGACGCAGUGUCAGUGGAGACACUGAGUUACUUACAUGGAUUGUUACUAGCUUUCAGAAGCCAGCUUACAAUGCCCCCCAUUGACGGUACAAUUAAUACAAAUGCUCCAUAUACCAUAGCCCUAGAGCACUUUUCUGCUCUCCCAUAACUAUCUCAAACAUACAACCAGGCAUCCAGAAGAUACUUACCGUUUCUCUCAAUAUCAGUCCCAUUCCUUGCUGUUUCUUGACUAACCACUGCCCAUAUUCCCCUACCCUGAGCUGAUUCCUGACUUUUGUGCUCAACUCAGGAAAACAAGAAUUGAGAGGGAAGCUGUGAAAGGAAGUUAUGUUGAGCAUGGUGGGUGGCAGAACACAUUCCAAAGAAUGGAGGCGUAGGAACAAAGAGCUAAAUUAGAUUUAAAAUAGAACUUGAUAAAUUGAUGAGUGGGAUUGUAUCAUUAUGUGUUUGCCUGCGAUGCUGAGAGAUAGGGAUUGGUGGCCUGGGCGGCCCAUUUAGUCGUAAAUCUUUUGUUCAAAAUCUCAUGCUUCAUGGUUUCAGAUGGUCUCCUGAAGGCAUCAGGAAAGAAAUACCCCUUCCCUGAUAUAUUCCGGGUUUUAUUUUUUCUCCUUCUUCUGAAGUGUCAGAGAUUGGCCAUGGCUGGAGAUGGGACAUUGACUGGGAUGGCUUAAAAAAUUGUCUUUCUCAGAUGCUUGGGUGGUGUGUCUUGUUCACAUGUUCAGGGGCAAAAUGAUCCACAUUUUGAGGUCAGGAAUUUUUCUGUAGGUGUGGCACUCUGUACCUCAAAGCAAGCACUGUGGAACCCCCAUAUCCAACCCUGUCAUAUCAUUAUGAUAUAUUUAAUGAAAAUCAGGCUACAUGGGAUAUCAUAUAAAAGAUCAUGAUCUGCUAAAACCCAUUGUUCUGUCAAGAUACGUAUCUCAUUAGCAUGUACCAAGGUAUGAGAUUUUGCCAUAUGUUUGUUACUGAAAUGUGGUGUAAGUUUGCUAGUGACAUAAAAAGAAGGCAAACCACUCCCAGGAGGGUGGUCAAUGACAACUAAUCAGCAGGGGGGCUGUAAUCAAGGGAUUUACAAUUCAAUGUCAGUUGCAUAAGACAACACCAGAGGGAUUGCUUAACCCUGUGACUCAGCAAAACCCACCAGGACAUGUUUGGGCUAGUAUUUUGCAGGCACAGACUGAAAAUAAGGGACAGUGGCAUUAUGCUUUUACCUUUCUCCCCGCCCCCUCACCUCCCCUCCCUUAUGCUGGAAGCAACAAGAACGCUGGAAAGAACAAAGACUAUAACUGAAGAGACUGGUCCCAGGCUUGAGAGAGAAGCCUGUGUAUUAAGAACUGUAACAUACGGGGGGGGGGGUGAGAAAACUGCUUGAUCUAAAUACAUCUAAAGUUUCAGAUUUAAACUGUGCGCUUACCUUUUAUUUUCUUUAGUAACUAUCUCUGACCUUUUAUGCCUACCACUUAUAAUCACUUACAAUCUCUUUCUGUAGUUAAUAAAUCUGUUUUAUAUUUCACCUAAAA